ACGAAAUUUUGGACCGUUUUACUUCCAGUGUCCUAGUUACUUUCUACCAUGGCCACCACUAUUGAAAACAAACCGGCGUGCAAAAGCUUGGUGCUUGAUGCUGGACCUCUGCUGUCUUUGUCUCCUCUGCGUGGACUGGCUGAAACAUUCUACAUUGUGCCCCAAGUUCUCGAUGAAUUGAAGGAUAAACGUGCUCGAGAGCAUUUUGAGAAGUUGGGUCUUUCUGCAGGAGUGAGGAUACAAGUGCAGAGUCCAGAUACUGCAUCAUUAGCACAUGCGAUUCAAUUCGCCAAACAGACGGGUGAUUACUCCGUCCUCUCGCAUGCCGAUCUUUGCGUCCUCGCUUUGACGUAUGGUCUUGACAAGCGGGAAAAGGAGGCUGUAGCGAAGCUGAGCUCUACGGAGCCUGAAGAUGAAACGCCUCAACAAACGGAAACCUCAGUUCCAGAACCAGAGAAAAAGCCCGAUGAAGCUACGCCAUCAGAACCCAAGUAUGACUUUGUAGACGAACCCGAAUCUGAAGAUGCAGAGGAGCCUCCUGCUUCAGAUUCAGUAUCCGAGGGAGAGGAUGACAAUCAGCCACCAAAUGGUGCCGAAGCCGAAGAUGACAAUAAAGAGCAAGAAAAGUUGGACGUCGAGCUCCAUCCGAUACGUGAUACGCAAUUCGACACCGCGGGACCUUCACAAAUUCCCCCGACUUCUUCAUCCUCUGUUCCGUCAAUCCCACCCACUUCAGAAUCCAAAGCAGACGACACUCCUGUCUACGACGAUCCAUCGGAUGAAGAUGACGAAGAGGGUGAAUGGAUCACACCAUCGAACGUCGCACUACAUAAAUCAAAGGCGCUUCAUCUUGUGCCUGACGACGCUGCUUCAAAGAAGGGGAAGAAAAGGGUGCAGAUCGGCGCAGGUUGUAUGACCGCUGAUUUUGCGAUGCAGAAUGUGUUGUUGAAAAUGGGUCUUAGCCUUGUUGGAGUUGAGGGGAAGAGAAUUGAGAGGGUAAAGACUUGGGUGUUGAGGUGUCACGCAUGCUUUAAGUGCGAUCUGUAAAGACAAUUCACGAAAGUUUUGCCCCUCAUGUGGGAACCCAACGCUUCUCCGAGCUUCAGUCACACUCUCCUCACCCUCUGCCACCGCAUCCACACCAACGCUUCAAGUUCACCUCAAAAAGAAUUUCCAAUACAAAACUCGUGGCACUAUCUACUCUAUUCCAGCACCAAAGCCCGGUUCAGCCAAGACGGGCCCUGGAGAAGGUUUGAUUCUACGUGAGGAUCAGACAUCAUGGAUACGUGCAAAGAAACAGGCGGACGGGAAGAGAGAAAGAGAAGAGAAGAGAUUGUUGAAUGGGGCUGUGAAUAGGAAGGGGAGUGGAGAUGGGGCGGUAAUGAGCAGUUGGAUGGACCCGGACUGGGUACCCGAGAUGUUGAGUGUUGGAGCGGGAGGUAAGGGGAGGAGCAUGAAAAGUAGAAACUUCGAUGGUGAUAUGCCUGUUGUUGGAUAUGGGAAGAAGAAUCCCAAUGAGAGGAAGAGACGGAAGUGAUUCCUUACUAGUGACUGACCAUGUGUUCCUGUAUCCCUAGAGUGUAUCAAACAGAGAGAUCUCGCUCUCAUGAAUGUAGAGUAUGCUUAUGGUUCUUUGGUAUAUGCGCUGUAUUAUACGACCUGCCUGGUCUCUCUGUACAUCAAAGCUGAAUAUCCUGUGAUUCCUUGCC